AACACUGCUGUCACUGCACUUCAAACAGGUCAACUGACGUCGUUAAGACCGUCAAAACCGCUAUAAGAUGCUCCCAGACGAAGCCCCCUACGUCAAAACGUCGAGAAGUGUUUUUGUCCAUUUUUAAUAGGCAGUUUAUAUACCACAUUUUAAAGCGAAGCUGUUCGAAGACGCUGUUCCCUGUUCCCUGGCUUGAAACUAAAAGAUUACCUUAAAAAAACUGCAAAGUAACCAAAUAUAAAUGAGCUUGGAUAUAUUUUCAAGGUUCUACGUAGCUUUUAGCUGCAAAAUGUAUUGGAAAAGACGUAAAUUCGUUGGUUGAUUUAAGCCAUGUUUAAGCAUAGAUAUGAUUUUUUAAAUAAGAUUUUAAGGUGGAGACCACUAGGCGGGCUAAGCAUGAUGGUAGGAGGAUGCAAAUUGCAAAGCAGUGAACUCUAAUACAUCAAGUUACAUCACGUAUGCAUUAGAGUUCACUGUUGCAAAGUUGCUUUCGAACGAAAUGGCUGCUGUAAAUGUGCGGUGAAUUUCUUGCGAGAGAAGAAUCGGCGGGUUUUUAACAUCAUUUCGUGUCCAUCGACGUUUGUUUUCUUCGGAAAAUUUCGAGAAGGUUCGUCACUACAAAACGACGAAAUUUCAUGACGAUCUUGGCGUUAAUGGCGAUAAAAAUCCGUCGAGAAGAUGCCAAGAUGUGAACAAUCUUCGCUCAAAUUUGCUUGCGAAAAAUUGACUAACGUGUACUGAAACAGCCUUUUAGCCGGUAUUCGUGAAAAUAUCUGCAGCUAACAUUAAGAUGUCAAUUGUGUUUCGCUUCAAUGGCCCUCUUCAGUUCUCUGUUGUUGCUUGGUGGUAUUUUUACCCUUUUGUUGUCCCUUUACAUCUAUUUGAAAUACCGGAAAGAGACAAGAAUGUCAGCUCCGUUAUGGAAAAGCGAGGAAAGGCGAAAUUUUUUUUAUAUGUAUAAUCUAAUCUUCGAUGUUGCAAGAAAUCAAUUGAGAAAAGUAUUCAUCCGGGAAUGGAACACUCGUUACCGGGAUCAACCAGGAGCGUGGGACGACACUCCUGUAAGUGGUCGUAUGUUCUAUUCUAUGGAAUAUUCAGGAAAUGCACCCGGUAUCGCAUAUAGACGUGGAGAUACAAAGCAAUGGGAUUGUACCGCACUAAUGGACGCAAUUGUCGAGACCAAUGCGAUUGGUGCAGGUCUUAAUCCAAAAAUUAGGAAGGCAGUCCUUGAUCUGAGACAAAUGCGAAAUUUUUUAGCUCAUCAUCCUGGAUUAAAUAUCACAACUAAAGUCUUCAACGGUUUGAAAAAAAAAGCUUUAGCUGCAUUGACUAUAUUAGGAAUGUCAAACCGUGAAUCCGUUCGCAUAAAUAACCACUAUUUCGGUUUCGUUUAUGAUUCGUUCAACGUUCUACCGCCUAAACCAACUCAUAAAGUCAUUUACCGUUCUGACGAGAUACAAGAAAUCACAGAAUAUCUUGAAAAGUUGCGCAGCGAUAAUUUCAAUAGACUUACCUAUUUUUAUUUGUCUGGAAGUUCUGGAAAGUCUCAAAUCGUCAGACAAGUGUUUGAGAAUAUUUUCAUACGUGCUGAUUGGGAAGCGAAAGCAAUGUUUGUAAUGACAUUGGACGGAAGAGAUUUAGAUUCUCUACUGUAUUCGUAUAAAAAGUUCUGUCAUCACCUGGGUAGCAAAGAAAAGGCUUUGGAACUUGUAUUUGGCUCAUCUAAGACAACAGAAGAGAAAAUCAAAGUUUUAAGAUCGAAAGUAUAUCGCAGAAUUCGUAAUUGGAUUAAAUGGUGGAUUAUCGUGGUCAAUGUAGAAAGUUUAGAGCUCAUUUCCUCACUUCUUCCCCAGACGGACGACGAAGUUUGGAAUAACGGUCAAAUUUUGGUAACAACACAAGUUACAAAUGAAGUCCCACCGGACAGCAUCUCCACUAAGCAUCUUUCACUUAGUCCCAGUAUGAAUGACAAAGAGUGUUGCCAGCUUCUUGCCCAGUUAUCAAAAACAGAUGCGAAUGAUCCAUUGCUAGGCGAGGUGGCAGAAAAAUUAGAUCGUCAGCCACUGGCAAUGGUAGCGGCAGCAGAAUACAUGAAACAGAGUAGUCCAAAACUUUCGUGGCGAGAUUAUUUACGCAUUUUCGAAAAUGAUACAAGCGAAUUAAUCAAAAUGGAGAUAAAUUCAGCAACAUCAUUCACCAUGCUCACAUCUGUGCUUUUAGCUGUUGAAAAAUAUGAAGAAAAUAACAAGAUCUCUAAAAAAUGUUGCGAAAUUUUUCGAAACGCAUUCAAAUUGUUCUCUUUGAUAUCGUUUGAACCACUACCACUCAAUCUUGUUGUGAAAUACAUUCGGCAGCAUAAAAAAGAGCUGGAUACCAAGGAUAUCAUUCGUACGAUAAAACACUGCCCAUUGUUUCUUCAUGUUGUUAAUAAAGAGGAGGAUAUCCGUCUACAUCGAGUUGCCAUUGAGGCAAUUAAAGUGUCAAAGAGGAAAGCUAACCCUGACGCAGAAGAUAAGAAGACAUACCAAACACUCAAAGGCUUUUGCGAGGAAAAUGAAAAAGAAAUAUUCGAAAAGUUUAAAAAACAUCCGGAUAAAGAAGCUUUAAACCACGUUAUUGUCUACCGUGAUGAGAAGAAGUGCUUGAGGUAUGAUUUAAUUCACGAUAAGCAGCAAGCGGUUGUCAUGCUGCAAAAGAAACAGAUAUUAUUUUGCGGCAUAUUCGAUUUGCGGAACAAAAGAAAUGCUGCCCAGAAGGCGCGUUUGACGACUGCGACACUGCCAGGUGUCGAUAUUGAGCUAAUAGAUCCGCUUACGAAUGAAGUUAUAUUUAAAGGGGAAGCUAAACUCGACACCGGCUCGGAUAUUAUUAGCGUUCCACUCGAUCCGAAAAUUGCAAAAUUAUUCGUCAACUCAUUUAGCGAUAUAAACGGUGAGCUGGAACGAAUUGUUUACCUUAAAAUACGAGUGGACGGUACUUUAUAUGACGGUGUUCAUGAAAUCGAAGUAGAGAAAGAUUCGAAUUGGUGUGCCUUUGGACGUCUUCAUAUGUCGGGUUUAGACCCCCGCAGAAAGAAGCAGUUUAUAAAAAAGAUGAUGUCAAUGUAAUGUAAAGUAGUGCAAAAUUUAGCAACUUUAUUGUGACAGUUAUAUACUUACAUGCAUUAACUUGAUAUACAUGCAUGCAAAAUCUAAAACGUCCUUUAAUUACCACGAGUAUUUCCGGAUUUUUUUACAGCCAGUUUUUUGCAUGGAGCCUGUCGACAUAACAUAAUGUACGUGUAAGGAAAAAGUUCUAAAGCCGGCAAACUUAAUUUCUGCAAUGGGGUGAAACGAAAUAUGUGUGAUGCGCUCCAUGGCCAGAAAUUUUAGGCAUUGAGCCCUUGCUUGCACUAGCUAUUGGGAGGGCAGCGAUAGUUUGCAUAAAUUCUAACAAUGGUCUAGCUCCAAGCUUUUUUUAUACCAAACAUGGCGAUAACUUACGAUAGUAUAUGUUUUUGAAAAUUGGAUUUCGUUUGGUGAAAAUGUGAUUGAAGAUAAACGUUUUCUUCAAUUGUUACAAGCGCGGGUUAAAAAUCUCCUUGUUUUUCAACACAAAAUGUAAUCGGUUUGACAAAAGCAUGAGUUGACGAAAAAAAUAGGUAAAUACAAGGAACGAGCCCUAGGAAAGAUACUGUGAACACAGCGGAUGCUUUUAAUACACUAUUGGGAUUGUAUUUUGCAAAAUUAAUGUAUGAAUAACUCUUGUAUUUUAAAAGCUGGCUGUCGCAGCUAUCUCUGUUUAAACAAUAACAUCGUGCACUGGGCUUACGGUCUUAAAUUCCUGGCUAUGAAGGACGAUGAGUAGUUAGGGAAUGCUUUCAAAUCAAGGUUUAAACAAUUUAAAGUAAAACAUUAAAACGUUGUAUUUACUGCCACAGAAUUUUAGCGAAUUUUAAGACGACUGGCGAUUAAUAUACCUUUCCUUGGAGGAAAUAUUGUAAGGUGACUCCCUGGGGCUUCCAUGUACCGAGGUUAACACUUAUGCGAAAAUUUAAGUCCCAAUGACGAAAAUUAUAGUGUUCCAGUUUUUAAAACUGACCGUUUUAAAAAUUCUUUUUUAGUAGCUUGUAGUCUUAAUUACCAUCAGGAGCCCUAAAUGAUUUUUUGUCUUAGAAUGUGUACACAUUUAGUGCUUACUUUUAGUGUAAAAACUUAGUCUAUAUAUACUAUAUAAAUGUAACGCAUGCUAUAUACACUGGCGUUCAAAAAGAACUGCUCAAAACAAGUUAA